AUGACUGACUCGCAACUGCUAUUGCUUCAGGCUGGUCAGCAUCUCAUUCUGCCGGGCAGCCUCCACGAAGCAGAAGCACAUCAAUUCAUUACUCAUGCAAGCGUGCUUUUUAACGCCGAGUUGUCUGAGAUUAGGCUCGUUUUCGGACAGGACCCCCUGCUUGCCCUAGCAUCCAACGGUUAUUACGCCGCCCUUGUUCGAAACUCGAAAAAUUCUGUUGAACCCGCGAAUGGGUCCAUGGAAAUCCUAAUACGGGGCAGCGGAAGGACAGGUAAGGAGCUAGCGGAGACCAAGCGAGCGGCGAUUCGGCAGUUGGCAAUGGAUAUGGAACAUGAGGUUGUGAAGAUCCUCAAAGAGAAAGAUGAAGCGAAAGAGGGACGCAAGCGGCAGAGGCAAACCGGAUGA